AUGUAAAUGUUGGGGCUGUAGUAAUGUCCCCCCCAACAACAGGUUCUUCAACCUCCAGCAGCCGUGCCCAUUUGUACCUGACCUGAGCUCCUGUACAACUACAGCUCCCACCUGCUGCUCCAUCUCUCAGCUGUGCGACUACAAGUCCCAGCAGCCCCCAGCGAGCAAACUAAAGGCAAGGGGUGCUGGGAGCUGUAGUUGUGGAACAGUUUCAUGACUAGAGGCAGAUAGGAAGUUUCCCGCAGGCAGAGAGACAUUGCUGAGACUGUUGUUGGCAACGAGCCCCGGGCACAGACUCUUUGUUAGGAGCUUCCCCCGACGUGUGAUCCCCUGUGAGGCGGCGGAGGCAGCAGAGAGAGAGCUGAGAAUGCCAGGCAAGAUGGCGGCGCGAAAGGCCAAGAACUGCGGCCCCCGCCUCAGGACAGCACAGCGGCCGCGGGUUGGAGGAAACAGGAGACUGGACCCGCCACAGAGAUCGCGGCAACCCUCGUACAGGGACCAGGACUGGGAUGAGGCUGCUCAGCGACCCCAGGAAGAGGGUGAGGUUGAUGGUGAUGAAGCCCUGGAAGCUCAAGAACACCAAACUGAACCCCGUCCCCAGUCAUCAGCUGUGCUGCCACCCAGACGUCAUGCUGCUGCUGCUGGUAAUGGGGGACAAGCACAGAAUCAAGGACACCAACUGGAUGAGCCACCUGUGGGGAAUGAUGAGCUUGUGGAGGCGAUGGUGGCGGCUAUGCAGUUGGUCUUUCGCCAACAGCGCCGCCAGGAUCUUUGGAUGAGACGUUGCAUGAGACGAUGGAUGGCUCAAAUAUAUGAUGACUUGCGUGACAUCAAUUUGACCAUCCAGCAUGGAUUCCAAAACCUUAUAGCAGUGUUGGCAGCCCAGCCUCACCAACCAGAGGGCUCUGUUGAGGGUCAAGUCCCUGGCCCUUCUGGUGAUCCUCCUCCACCCCCUGAUGAUGCUCAACAGCAAAGGGGAAGAGGACAAGGUCCUGUCCGGGGGGAAAAGCGAAAGCGUCCUCAGCUCUAGUCUGUGUCCCCGUCACAUUCCAAGCUGCGGUGGCCUCUUUACCUAUUUUCACCUUGCUAUAAACUUUACCCUAAUCAUGCUUCAGGUAUGAUUUAGUCUGCUACCCAGUAAUUAGAGUCUCAAACAACAUGUCCCAUUGUUUAAUUUCAUCGACCCCGCUGCAUUGUCGUCACUGAGGGGUGCCGUUAUGACAUCUAUGGGCACCCUUCCCAAUAACAUCUGGAAAAGCACUUGAAAGAUUCUAAAAGUGCAUUUGCUGUAACAUAUUUCUAUGGUCAUGCUGAAAUGUUGGCCAACUCUUAAGACACAUUCAUUUGGCCGAAAAUGUUAGAAAUUUUAACAAUUGUAACCAUAUGACUACAAUUUUCAUUGUGUAGUUAUCACUAGUGCAGUGUUACUUCAAAGGUAACAUAUGCUAAUAAAGCUCUGUUUGUACGUGU